CGAGCUUGUACACCCCACUUUUAUCAUGUCCAUCGUCGAUGACAAAUUUGACCCCUACCCCUUCCAUGUUUCGAGAUGGACGUGAGCUAUCAAGCCCAGAUGUCUUGGAAGAGGGGAUUCUGAGAACAACGACUUCGUCAUCUGAUAUGUCCUUAGGAGAAGGUCCCCGGUUGAAGAAGGCUCAAAUGGCCGUCAUGAAGUAUAUAUCCGUCUUCAAGGGCAACCGUGUUCAACGCGCUGCAGCACUCGUCAGUCAGGCAGUUGAUGGAAAAGGCAUUCCUCCGGAGCUGAUUGGCAACCCCAGAUUUUCUCAUCUUGUGAAAGCGCAUUGUUGGCUGAAGCGGUUGAAGCCAUUCUGGAACAUGGUGGAGAUUGUGCUAUUGCUCUUGAACUUUCUGGAUGUGCCUGCUUGGUGUGCUGGACAUUGCAAUCUGAAGAUGAUGAGGGAAGACUACAUGGCAGGGAGUGUCCCAUACAUUUCGAGCGUCAAAGUGAACACCAUCCAGGUGAUCUGUGCUUUGUGCCUAUCUUUCAAGAUAUACUUACAAGCCAUCAUCAGUCGUCCAACCAAUACAAGGAUCUUCAAGAAGUAUGGUGUAAAAAUGCUAGCAGUCUUCGUCCUCUACUUGGACAGUUCUCUGUUCUUCAUCGGCUACAUGUUCCCUUGGAUUGCAGGAAAGGCUCCGAACGUGGAUGGAAGUACGAUAGUCCGAGUUUUGGUUGUGAUUGUAUUUCACAGGGACAUCAGAUACUCAAUGGUAGUGCUAUUGAAGAUUCUUCCCGAGUUUCUAAAUAUGGGGGCCUUGGUGGCAAUCUAUAUAGUGUUUUUCGCAUGGAUGGGAAGAUUUAUUUUCCACGACUCAGUCGAAGGGCCUCAUGCCUUUUCGGAUAUUGGAAAUUCUUUGGCCAGUAUGUUCACCCUCAUUCUUGCUAUCAACAAUCCUGUCGUUUGGACUCCUGCUUACAAGGAGAACCCCAUAUCCUGUCUGUUCUUCAUUACAUUUUUGGUGAUCGGAGUUUACUUGAUGAUGAGUCUACUUUUCAGUGUUGUGUUCCGGGGGUAUCGGCAACGGCUUGCUGACAAUCUUGCAAAGGAGGUGAACAACCGAAGGAGAUGCCUAGAUAAGGCAUUUAGAUUCUUGGACCUGGAGGACAAAGGCCGAAUAACAUUCGAGGACCUGACAAAGCUGUUGGAUGUUCUUCACAUCUACUUGGAACUCCCACAUAUUCAAACUGACAAAAUAAAGUUCUAUUUCGAAGUGCUGGACAAGGAUGCUGAUCACUCGAUUGACCAAGAAGAAUUUCACGACUUCCUUACUGCAAUUGUGAUGAAAUUUUCGAAGAAAUAUGAGCCUAGCUGGCUGGAGAUACAGAUGGAGUGCACAAACUAUUAUGGGCAGUUUUUGGAUGUCAAGAGCUUUGUGAACGGACCGUACUUUGAGUGGAUGAUGAUUGCCGUGCACAUUUUUAACUUAGCAAUCAUCAUCCUCGAAACUGAGCUGGACAUCCGGGGCAGCGACUACCAGGUCUAUGUGCAGUUUGUACAGAUCGCUUUGGGUGAGUUCUGCCGGCCCCUACAAGGUCUACCAACUGUAACGAGCGUGAGGCUGAGGUGAGCCGAGGGAGAGGAGAGAGAGGGAGAGAGUGAGAGCACACACACACACUCACUCACUCGACACGACGGACUCGGACU